UCAGCACGCAAGUCAGAAUUGAGAUGGACAUCAGAAAAUUCUUUGGACGAAGCAGGGACAGGAAAGCAGAAAGGAGAGAUGAGUUUGAGGGAGUCAUCUGAACUGGCAGCUUGUGAUUUUCUCCUGAGGACUCUGCACAUAUUCACUCUCCACUUCCUCUGACUCAGACACUAUCUCCACGGUAACCCUCACAGAAGUGGCACUCUGAUGAAAAAAAACCCAUAACAUCCACAACAGUUUUCAUCACGAAAUGCAUUCAUUACCAACAUUAGCUGGAAAAAAAAAGUUGUAUAGAAAACACUCCAGGCUUCCUCAGCCUGUAGUAGAUGUCUAUGUAGAGACAUAUACAUGUAUCUUAUUGAUUUCAAUGGAAAAAUAAAUGCACUGUCAAAUAGGUAGCCUCCUUCUAAGAGGCCUUUUUCUUUUAAACAGAGUUUAUUUGUACUGUGAUGUAACCUCAUCAGGCACUACUGACCAAUGUCUCUAUGUUCUAACCUCUUUAAGCCGGCCCGGGCCGCAGUGUGCCAUGGGAUGUACCCCACUGAUCCAGGCUGUGGUGGCCUGCACCUGAUGAGGACCAACGAGAUCCUGCAGAGAACAAGCACAGGUGAGAGUGGCAAGAGUACCUUCAUUAAACAGAUGAGGAUCAUUCAUGGCUCUGGAUAUACUGAUGAAGAUAAGAAGGGCUUCAUUAAGCUCAUCCACCAGAACACCAUCAGUGCCAUGCAGUCCAUGGUUAGAGCUAUGGACAUGCUCAAGAUUGCUUAUGCUCAAUCAGAGAACCAGGGUCAUGGUGAAUUGGUGAAUGAUAUUGAGGUGGAUAAGAUCAUGACUUUGGAACCAGCCCAAGUGAACGCCAUCAGCAGUCUAUGGAAUGACGCAGGGAUUCAGGAAUGUUACGACCGCCGUCGAGAGUACCAGCUAACCGACUCUGCCAAAUACUACCUGAGUGAACUAGAUCGAAUUUCAGAUGCAGCGUAUGUCCCGACGGAGCAGGAUAUUCUCAGAGCCAGGGUUCCAACCACAGGUAUCAUCGAGUACCCGUUUGACCUGGAGAAUGUCAUCUUCAGGAUGGUGGACGUCGGAGGCCAGAGGUCAGAGCGCCGGAAGUGGAUCCACUGCUUUGAGAACGUCACCUCUAUCAUCUUCCUGGUGGCUCUGAGCGAGUACGAUCAGGUUCUUGCUGAAUGUGACAAUGAGAACCGCAUGGAGGAGAGUAAAGCUUUGUUUAAAACCAUCAUCACGUAUCCCUGGUUCCAGCAGUCAUCGGUGAUUCUCUUCCUGAAUAAAACAGACAUCCUGAAAGAGAAGAUCGUCCAUUCUCACCUGGCCACCUACUUCCCAGAAUUCACAGGCCCCCAGAAUGAUACAACGUCAGCGCAGGAAUUUAUUCUUAAGAUGUACAUGGAACAAAACGAAGACAAAGACAAAUCCGUCUACUCACACUUCACCUGUGCCACUGACACGGAGAACAUCCGACUGAUCUUCGUUGCUGUGAAAGACACCAUCCUCAGACACAAUCUAAAAGAGUUCAACCUGGUGUAAAGUCCAUAUCUAGUCUUUUUCCUGAAGGGGAAUCUCUAGUCCUGCUCUCUAAAGCCAUUCUUCCAGGUCCAACGUUGAGUAGUUAGCCGUCAGAUUAUAUUAACAUUAUUCUACCUAAGAACUUUGAGGAAUUAACUUGGGGAAGGGUUCAAUGGAGUAGAUCUGGAGUGGGAUCUUGAAAACAAGCCUUAAUCUAAGGAACAAAUUGUAUUUUUAGUCCUAUUUAGAACCUCUAAAAUCUGGAUAGGCUACAUCAAGCACCUAUGUAGAUAUGGCUGUUUUGUUCUUUCUGUGAGUAGAGGUUAUUAAGGAUGCUACUUAAUAGAUUUUAAGGCGAAAUACAUUAUUGCUAAUUUUACUGCUGUAAUUGAUCAAAGUCUUAAGGACAACUUGUAUAAGAGCAUUUCAAUUGCAAAGUAGAGGGAAAAGAUUAUAUGCAAAAAAUGUUGUUCUGGGUUUAAAAAAGAAAGAAAAAUGAGCAAACAUGCUCUGCAUGUGCCUUACAUAGUUAAUACCUGGGCCCGAAUCAUAGUCAUAUGUAGAAAUUAAAAUAUAUUAAUACCUCUCUGAAAAAUAACAUAUACUAUUUUAAAAGAUUUGAUGGUUUUACUGUCAAAUUUUACAUUGUAAAUUAUAUUUAUGAUCUUGAACAUAAUGCAUAUUCAAUUAAUAAAAAUUAACCAUUUCACAGGGCAAACUUCUGAAAUGUUCCAUAUUUAUUUUACACAGCCACUAAACACACAGAGUUAGUUUAAUUCUUUAUUUUACCUCAGAACUGAAUGUGUACUAGUGGUUGAGAACAAGUUGUAGUGAAUACCUGAAGUGCCUUUGAACUGUAAUGUCUUUGAUAAUAUUUAUUAACUGUGAAAAUAAAGCUUAUA